AUGGCCUUCUUCGACCCUCGAUACAAGCUCCGAGUGCACAUUCUGCAGAUCAUCCUUGUCCAUGUUAUCAUUGGUGUUGCCGCACCACGGCUCUUCAUGAAAAACCAGCCAAGAACUCGGGCGACUACCAUCUCGUUGGCCAUGGGAGGCAAAUCCAUGAUCAUCGUCUGGUACCAGAUCCUGACGGAGCAUUUCGCCCGUUUCCGCAGGUGGAGAAGUCUCAAGGCCUACGCGAUUCUCAACGGCCUGGAGGUCGUUUUUUGGGCCGCAGUUGUGUUCCUGGUCAUCCAGGCGAAUAUCCAACGCUGCGUCGGGACUGGAUGUACCCUCAGCUGGAUCGCCCUCGGAUUUGCAGUCCUCACAACGUUUGUCGUGACGCCCCCAACUGAGGAACAGGAGCUGACGCCGACCAAUCUGCAGGCUUGUUGCCGUGUACAUGGCUAUCCUGUCGUGCUUCCAGUACAGAGCAUUUCGUCAGCAGAAGCAUUCCAAGAUUCGAAGCAAUCCAGAGGAUGGUCUGCCCUUGGCCAGUGGACAAAAAUGAGGCUUCUGCACCGAGACAGCGUGGUUGAAGGAAAGAAUGUUGCCCCUGGGGUUGGGCGAUUGACAAUUUUGGGGUUAGGAGGCGGGCGCUCGGACUACAUCUAA